GGGUGGGCGGGGCAGUGCUCCCUCUGCGCAAGCGCUGACCGUCUAGCCCGCUGUUUUAGGUUUACGCGGUCGGGCGGAUACGUUUGUAUAUGCGGGAUGCAGCCGUCAGUCUGAUGCUUUAAUCUUCAUUUUGCUGGGCAGAAAGCCAAAAUACCGGGCUGCCUGGUUCAGGGCCUGACGCCUAGCCAACCUACAGACUUGGAGCUUCAGAGCCAUGGCAACGAAGGAAUCUGACGUCCAGGCAGAGUCGGCCCUCACCUCAUCAGCCAAUCCCAGCAAACAAGAGUCUGAAAACCCGAACUAUACUCUCAGAUGUACUCUCGUGGGACAUACGGAAGCAGUAUCAUCGGUUAAGUUUAGUCCUAGUGGAGAAUGGCUAGCAAGUUCUUCUGCUGAUAAAGUAAUUAUAAUUUGGGGAGCCUAUGAUGGAAAAUAUGAGAAAACACUUUAUGGUCACAAUCUGGAAAUAUCAGAUGUUGAUUGGUCAUCAGAUUCCACUCGUCUUGUUUCUGCCUCAGAUGAUAAAACUCUAAAGAUUUGGGAUGUGAGAUCUGGAAAGUGCUUGAAAACGCUUAAGGGACACAGUAAUUAUGUGUUUUGCUGUAAUUUCAAUCCACCAUCCAACCUCGUAAUUUCAGGAUCUUUUGAUGAGAGUGUGAAAAUAUGGGAGGUGAAAACAGGAAAGUGUCUCAAGACUUUGUCUGCUCAUUCUGACCCAGUUUCUGCUGUUCAUUUUAAUUGUAAUGGGUCCUUGAUAGUGUCUGGUAGCUAUGAUGGUGUCUGUAGAAUCUGGGAUGCUGCUUCCGGUCAGUGUUUAAAAACGCUUGUUGAUGAUCCUAACCCACCUGUCUCUUUUGUAAAAUUUUCUCCAAAUGGUAAAUAUAUUCUCAUUGCAACUUUGGACAAUACUCUUAAACUGUGGGAUUACAGUAGAGGUAGGUGCCUGAAGACAUACACUGGUCAUAAGAAUGAGAAAUACUGCAUAUUUGCCAAUUUUUCAGUUACUGGUGGAAAGUGGAUUGUGUCUGGUUCAGAGGAUAACCUGGUUUACAUUUGGAAUCUUCAGACUAAAAAGAUUGUACAGAAAUUACAAGGUCAUACAGAUGUUGUAAUCUCAACAGCUUGUCAUCCUACAGAAAACAUCAUUGCAUCAGCAGCAUUAGGAAAUGACAAAACAAUUAAACUGUGGAUAAGUAACUACUAAACUCUUUAGAAAGCAAGUAGUACAGCCAAGUUGGAUAAAAGAUACUUAAAAAGAUGGUUUCUUUUCAUUUUGGCAUGGUUUCAUAUUUCUUUUUACCUUUGCCUUGGGUUAUUAAGAUUUUAAGACCUAUAACCUAAAUUUACAAAUCAAGACAGUUGGAAAAGCAAGUCUAGAACCUAGGGCUUCCAACUUUUAAUCCUGAAGUCUGUUAUUAAUCUCUUUUAUCUGUCCCUAGACAGAUUUCCAUUCUAUUCCUCUCUUUUUUUAAAGAUUUUAGAAGGGAAGGGAAAGGAAGGAGAAAGUGAGGGAAACACCAAUGUGUGGGUGUCUCUUGCACGCCCCCUAUUGGGGAGUUGGCCCCUAACCCAGGCACAAGCCCUGACUGGGAAUCAGCCUGCAACCCUUUGGUUCGCAGGCUGGCGCUCCAUCCACUGAGCCACUCCAGCAGGGGCCCAUUCUAUUCCUCUCAAUGACUAUUGUAGAGGAUUGGUAUAAUGAUAUUUGAGAAAUAUUUAGAAGAUUCACAAGACAGAGUGACUGAUUAAAUGAGGGGAGCAAAGGAGUUUGGGAUAAUUCCAAGGUUUUUGGUUUGGGAGACCAUAUGAGUAAGAGUGUAAGUCUGUGAUGAUGGUGGAUUGAAGAUGCAUGUCAGAUGCCACUCACACACUUAAGUGAUAAGCCUACAUCAUAGGAUGUGAAGUGGUCCAUGGAAUCAAGCCAGCAGAUUGGGAAAAACAAACGGUUAGAUUCAUUCUAAAAGUCUAAAACAUUAUAAAUGUUAUUUUACUAAAGGACCCCUUGAUGCUUUGUCAGGUUGUGUGCUCUCAUGAUUUUCAAGCAAACUAAAUGUCUGAGUGGGAGGCUGCUCUUUAAUUGUGUGUCUGACCCACAGGCUCUCACCCAUGCUUCAAACUUAGUUCAGACAUCACCACUUUGUGAAGCCAUCACUGCCUGCUGGACUAACCACAGCUGACAGCUGAGUUAGGUUUUCCUGCUAUUUCUAUAGUUUCUGUUAGUAAAGUUAAAAUAUACCAUUUACCAGUUGUACUGUAAUAGUUUCAUGGGCCAUGUUUCCAGUAUAUUAUGUGCUCUGUGGAGUCAAUAAGUAUGUCAUAUUAUUCAUCUUUGUAUUCUCACUUUUUGUAUAUACAAUGGACUCAAGUAGUGUUUGACAAAUGACAGCAAAUCACACCACCAACACUUCAUUCUUCACCUGCUUUCACUAAAUUUUCAGAAUCAAUUCCCCAUACUAUUAUUUUUGUUGAUUAAAAUUAAAAGUGUCCGAGUAGAGCCUCA